GCACUCGCCUCUUCUCUUCCGCUUCCGGUGUUCCCCACAGCCAUGGCUGCCGCCGCCGCCGCCGCCGCGGGCCCUGGGGCGCCGCUGUCGCCGGACGAAUUGCUUCCGAAAGGCGAUGCCGAGAAGCCUGAGGAGGAGCUGGAGGAAGAAGACGACGAGGAGUUAGAUGAGACUCUGUCGGAGAGACUGUGGGGUCUGACGGAGAUGUUCCCCGAGAGAGUCCGGUCUGCGGCUGGAGCCACUUUUGAUCUCUCCCUCUUCGUGGCUCAAAAAAUGUACAGGUUUUCCAGGGCAGCCUUGUGGAUUGGAACCACUUCCUUCAUGAUCCUGGUUCUUCCGGUCGUCUUUGAGACUGAGAAGUUGCAGAUGGAGCAGCAGCAGCAGCUGCAGCAGCGGCAGAUACUUCUAGGGCCUAAUACAGGGCUGUCAGGAGGAAUGCCCGGGGCUCUACCUUCACUUCCUGGAAAGAUCUAGAUUGUUACUGCUAUGUUUGGCCUGUCUUGGUGGGAGAAGUUUGAAAAUUCAAUAGUGUUUGAACUGCUGAUUAUUGGAUUUUUUUUAAUUUUUUUUUUUUUUUGAACUUUGGCAGAUUGAUUUAUCUAAACCUGGUGGGGAGAAUUCUCCCCACAUUGUCUCAUGGAGAGACUCCUCACUUGCAACUGUGCCCUCCAUGCUCUCCUGACUUAUGUCUUCUGUCCUCACUCUGAUACCAGAGUGCAGCAAUGCAGAUGGUUACUCCAGCUCCGGCCAUCCCACCCCUUUCACUAAAUUACUUCUGACGGAAGAUCUCCUCACUAUCCCAUUGUGGGGUAGGAACUGAUGCCAUCGGGAAGGAUGUGCCCCUGACCAUUAACGACUGUUCGGUUUUUAAGAAUGGGGAUGUUGGGGAGGGACGUGCACAUGAGAUAGAAUGCAUUACAGCUGUGCUGUGAAUUUCUGUGUAUGUUGGAAAGGAUGGAGAGAGGGCUGGCAACAGCUUCAGCCACAACGUGGGGACUGUGGAGGACAGAGCAGGAGCUCAUUUCCUCUGCAUAUUUCAGCUGUUAGACGUGUGUGUGUCUAAAAGAGAAAAAAAGUCAGUGCUCACUUUUUCUAUUUAAAUAUUAAAAAAUGAUUCCAACCAAAAA